CCACAUGUGAAAAUCCGCGUCAUUAGUGGCCCACAACUUGCAGCUGCUUUGCAAAAGGCUCACGUGUGUCUGGGAGGGCAUCUCAUUCCUCUGGAGAAUUUGUCAAAGAGGAAUGGGUUGAACUGCGCCAUGGUCCUUGGUUGCUUCAUUUGCAAGAAGGAGAGGACAUUCUCUUCAUCAGAAAAUGAAUGCGAAGGACGUGGGAAGUCUGCAGAAAUAAACCGCAGAGCUACUCUGACAGCAACGGAGGUUGGUUUGGCACGGGAUAGCUUGUGCGACUUGCUGACCAUCCUCGGAACAGCCCCACUAGUCGAAGCCCCUAGCUACAACAGGCACAUAGCCACUUUAUCUUCCUUAUCCCAAGAGACCAGUAAGGAUCAGAAGAAGAAGGUGGCAGCAUGCCUACGUCAAAGGGCCAUGGACAAGGAUCUGACCAUCAGGGAAAAUGAUCAUGUGGACGUGGCAGUGCCCUACGAUGGAACAUGGCAUAGACGAGGUUACACAUCGAAUCAUGGGGUGGGGGUAGUGAUACCGAUCGAUACAGGGGAGAUUGUUUGACAGAGGGCCUAUCAAGAUCAUGUAAACAGUUUGAGUAUAGAAAGGGUUGGGUCUUCAGUGUUCUCAGCCAGAGGGACCUUAAUCGCCUUCAGAGACCCCAAAAAUGAGCAGCAAGGCUUGUAUUUUCUGCUCCUCUUCGAACUCACAUACAACCUCUUUGACUUGAACUUCAUUGUACAUGUUUAUACAAUGUUUUAGAACAUUGCAACUCAGUGCCUUAGUUUUUAUUGUACAUGUUUAUAUAUAUUUUAACUUGCCUUUCAUUUUA